UUGCGAUAGUCUUCCGCUGGACGACCUAGUACUCCAACCGAUUCUGCAAAUUGAGGAUUACAGAGAGAUUUUAAAAAAGCGAGCGCUGGGAUCAAAUAUAUUAGUCGCUAUUACCUACAGCGGGAUAUUAACGUGGCGUUUUUCGUAUGUAAAAAUACCCCGUCUCUCAAAGGCGUUUGAAAUCGGACACCGCUGGCGUUGGGGCCCUCACUUUUGUGCGGAGGGAUACGUUGUUGCGUCUGACAAUGUGGACGGAGGUGGAGAAGAUGUCUGCGAGAAGAAUGAAAUCAUCUCAGUUGUAACAACAACAAAAAAAGAGGGGGAGACGCGAGAUUAGUUACUAUAAUAGAAUUGUUUGCAUACAGACUUGUUAGGGUUAAAGCGAACACGUGGGCGCCGUGUGAAGAGCGCGUUUUCCUGGACAAAAGGAAGACGUCCACUGUGCUCCAAUGCGUUUCAUGCACUGAGGUCGAAAUUCUCUCAACUUUUAUGUUUUUCUCACUCGCCUUUCUUUUUACUGUUGGAUACCAGACGCACGGACAGGAGAGGGUUUAUUAGAGACGGAAGGGUAUGAACGAACAGCAGCAAAGAAUGGCUGCAGUGGGAACUGACAAGGAACUCAGCGACCUCCUGGAUUUCAGUGCGAUGUUUGCACCGCCUGUAGCCAAUGGGAAGAACAGGACACUGACACUUGCUAGCAGUCAGUUUGGUGGAUCAGCACUGGAUGAGCGCAGUGGCUCUGGGUCAUGGGGUUCAGCAGAACAGGACAGUCCCUCUUUCAGUCAAGGACGGGCGUAUGGAGAAGGAUCCCACUUCAGUGAUCACGAAGGCCUGUCUUCUCCAUUCAUCAGUUCAGGGAUUGCGGGUAAAAAUGAAAGGCCAUCAUAUGCUCCCUUUGGAAGCCAGCCUACUUUCCUUCCUAAUGACAUAGCUAUGUCCAGUCCAGAUGCCAUGUCUCCAUCUGCCCUGAAGUCGGGCUCCCAGUUUUACCCCUCGUAUCCCAACAACCCCAGGAGAAGACCACCUGAAGGAGUAAUAGAAACCCAGCCAAAGAAGAUUCGGAAACCCCCUGGUCUGCCAUCUUCUGUAUACGCAUCCACGUCUGGUGACGAGUAUGCUAGGGACAGUGGAGGAUAUCCCAGUGCUAAGCCUGGAGCUGUAUACCCUGGCUCUUUCUACAUGCAAGAAGACCCCUGGUCAUCUUCUGGAUACUCUGCCAUGUUGGGUAACUCACCACAUGUUGGACAGUCAGGCUCCUUCUCUGCAAUUAACCCACAAGACAGAAUGAACUAUCCUCUGCACGGCAGUGAAGUCAACGGCUUUCACUCAGCCCCCACAACCUACAACCACACACCUACCAUCAAUGGUGAUGGCAUCAUAGCAAACCGAGGCACCACAGCCAGCAGUUCAGGAGAUGAGAUUGGAAAAGCUCUUGCCUCAAUCUACCCUUCGGACCACAACAGUAAUAACUUCUCCUCAGCCCCGUCCACUCCUGGCUCUCCUCAGGGUAUUACAGGAGCUCAGUCUCAGUGGCAAAGACCGACCACACCCAGCUAUGAAGGGCAGCCACACACACUGCAGAGUAAAAUGGAGGACCGUUUGGAGGAGGCCAUUCAUGUACUGCGUAGCCAUGCCGUAGGACAAGGCCCCGGAUUGGAGGGCCAGACUGACAUGCACAGCUUGCUGUCGUCGGUGCACAACGGGGGUCUCGGAGCCCUCUCUCCAGCUUUUCCCAAUGCAAGCCUCGCCCUCAGCAACAGACAUCCUUCUAUGCAGGGAGGGAAGCAUGAGGACGCCACAGGCCUUCCUCCCAGCAGCACUCUCCUGCAUGGCCAUCAUGCUUCUGGACCCACACCAUCAGUUGGGCAACCAGAGGGAUUUACUAAUCUUCCCGGUGGCUUGGCCAGAUCCACACACUCCUCCAGCAGCUCUGACAUUAAAAGGGAAGACAAGGAGGAUGAUGAGAACUCUUCUGUUGCAGACAAAUCUGAGGAUGAAAAGAAGGACCCCAAGGUAGCACGCAUUCGAACAAGAAAGGAGGUGUUGACCCUCCCGAUGCUCUCUGGCCUUUCAGACCAGAAAGAUGAUCAUGACAAUGAAGAUGACGAGGACAUUCCCCCUGAGGUGAAGUUGGAGAGAGAGAGGGAACGACGAGUGGCUAACAAUGCACGUGAGCGUCUCAGAGUACGGGACAUCAACGAGGCAUUUAAGGAGCUUGGAAGGAUGUGCCAGCUGCACCUCAGCCACGACAAACCUCAGACCAAACUUCUCAUCCUGCAUCAAGCCGUCAACGUCAUCCUCAAUUUAGAACAACAAGUUAGAGAGCGUAACCUUAACCCCAAGGCAGCGUGUUUAAAACGCCGUGAAGAGGAGAAGGUGUCCGGGGUGGUGGGGGAAGCACCCAUGCAGCUCUCAGGAGGCCACCCUAGUAUGGGAGGAGAUGGCCACAACCCAGUUGGCCACAUGUAACACCUGAUUUGGUGGUGUUUCCUUGGCUGUCAGAGGAUGUGGCCUUAACAGAUUUCUUCCACCCAUUAUUCUCAGUGUGUGUGUAUAUAUAUGGACAUGUUUGUGUAUUGUACGUUCAAGUUUCAAGAUGCACAUUCACACUUGUACACACAUGCAUACUGCCAAAACUGACACAGCCUGUUUGUCGCACUCAACCAUGACUACAAGCUCAAAUGUGAAGAACUUUUUUUUAAUGUUUUUUUUUGUUGUUGUUGUUUGUUUGUUUUUUUAAUACAUGUGAUUUGGUUUUCUUUUUGGUGUCCACAAGAGGAUUGAACACUGCGCCGGAGUACUUUUGUCCUGCCACACAUUGGGACUUCACACACUGCCGAGAGGUGCUCUGGUGAAAGAAAGGAGACCUAACAAACACAGAUUGAAUCAAGGAUUUGUGCCUAAUUGUUACAUGUUUUCUAUUAGACAUUUAAGCAGAUUGCUUUACAAGUGAGGAACAUAUAUCGUGAGGGAUUGCUUGUGUGUAUGAGCAAUUAUUUUUAAUGUCAUUCCCAGCGUGAUGGUGCAGUCUUACAUAUGUUAUGUAACCAAGCCAAUAGUUGAAGUUGAGUUGUCUGGAAUUCUGUGACUUUUCCUUGGUCUUACGAACAUAUUUUGUGAGCACGGAGGAAUGAUCACAAGGAAAAGAUCAAAGUUUGAUGCUUAAAGCGCAGUUCAGAGAAAAGACGGGAACUCUGACCUAGAAGCAGCGUCUGACUGAAGCCCUGUCUCUUCCCUCGAGGCGUCUGGAGACUUGGAGUUGAAGACUCCUUCCUUGAAGGUUACCGUUUCUUUUUUUCUUCAAGUCACCGAACCUGUCAAUUAUGAAAAGCUGUUCUUCCUUUUUUGUUACCCACAUACACAUUCUAGUGUUACUCCUGUAAGCCCUGCUUUAAUUACUAAAGCAUACACCGAUGAGAUGAAGCACAGAUGUAUAGAUUUAGGCUGGACAUCGGAGAGUGUUGACCUGAAAAUGUUGUAUAAAAAAAAAAGCCGUUUGAGACAUUUAAGUUAUCAGCACCACUUUUUGCUGUUACUUACUUGAAGUUGUUCAUUGACGAUGCCCACAGAAUAUCAGCUCGAGUUUUGCCCCCUUAAUAGACGUCCUGUAACAGACAAAAACUGUCCGGGUUCCGCUGUGGGUGGGAUCCCGUCAGUCCGCAGAUGUUGAAGCAGACGAGCCUUUGUGUAACGGAGGCUUCCUUUUCCAAAAAUGAGCAUUCCCAUUGAAUUACAGCCCCUUGCCUUCCUCCCGAGUUGUUUCUCAUAUUUCUUGCUGAGAGAAGUGUGACAUGUAAAUUCACUUCAUACAUUACUGUUUCAUUUUUUUUCAAAAUUUAAAUAUAUAUAAAUAUAUAUUUUUUGUUAGUCUAUACAUUGUAGAUUUUUUACAUAAAUGGCAAUAUUAGUUUGAAGUUUAGAGUGUAUUGUAGAUGAUCUGAAUAAGGGGAUAUUUGACAUUUAAAUGAAAUUGUUAAAAAAAAAAAUGACUUCAAAAUUUAACCAGAAUGGCAGAUAAGGAGUCGACAAUAUGGGGGAAAUGUUGAAAGUGUUUUGCUGUAUUCUUUAUUCCAGUUUUUGUUCAAAGGCGAGUCAGCUACCCAGGUGAAUUGUGUACAUUUUGAGGUGUGUGGACAGAAUGAGUGCCACGAUCCUGUUGAGGUUUCUUUCAGCAGUGAGGCACUGGCUUAAAAAAAACAAAAACAAACAAAAAAAAAAAACAGUGGGAAGUUUUUUUUUCUUUGCUGACAGUAAUUAUGCAACUGGUUUUUUGAAUGUAGCUACCAUAUAAAUGUGGAUCGCCUUCAUUUUCAGAUGUGUUCCUGGGUUUUGUUUUAUUUUCUGUCCAUACAGUGUAAUAAUUUUCUUUUCACCUUUUGUUUUUUCUAAUGUCUGCCCUCAAGUGGCUCUCAGUGUGCAGCUCACUUUGUUUUAUGCUGCACAUUUUGUAGGCAGAUGCUUGUAUUUGGGUGUACGAUAAUAGAUCAUAUGGAGAACAAAACAGUGUUAGUGUGACGUUGUUCCCAUGUCAUGUUGUGAAUGGUUUCUCUCCCCCUACCUCCUCCCCCCACCCCCCCAAAAAAACAUGUAAUCACAAAUGGGAGGUAGAACAUUUUGUGUUAAAUUUUUACAAAAACAGAUGAAGAAAAAGACCUAUACAAAUCGAUAGUGUGGCCUUUUCAUUCUCAAGACUUAAGAUGUCAUGAUGGGAGAGUGAUACCUUAUCAGUGCCUGAACUUGUAUUUUCAUUUAAGACAGUUUUAUUUUGUGAACCAUAUCAUUUCAUUUAUCACUGAGAUUAAAGAGGUACUUGUCCAUUCCCCCACCCUCCCAUCUAAUGCUUUUUCAAUUUUCAGGAAGAGUUUAAAAUCGUAUAAAGAGAUUUUCUUUCAUUGUAUCUAGUUAAAUAAAUAAAUGUUACUUAGCUCUUGUUAA